GAGUCGACGAGUUAUGAAUCGGACAGUACCGUGCACGCCGCUAACCAGUAAAUAUUUCAAUAGUUCCUGAUUUGUUUGUCCGGUAUUUCUCCUCCUCACUUCAUCGCCGUGUACUAAGUACUUUCAGGCGAUGCGAUACAUCGUUCUUGCUCUUGUGAUUUGUCACUUAACGAAUGGCAGUCGGAUUAGCGAAACAAAAUGCGAGGCACCCGAUUGGCUGAGAUGCGAAAAUGGUUUAUGCGUAAGCCAUUUUUUCGUAUGCGACGGUGAAGAUGAUUGUGGAGAUUUCUCGGAUGAAAAAAACUGCACUGGAUUCGUGUUUAAGCCGGAUGCCAAAUGCAAGCCAGACGAGUUUCGAUGCUUGGAUAAUAUUUGCAUUCCGGAGGAAUUCGUGUGCAAUGGACAUCAAGACUGCCUUGAUUCGAGCGAUGAGAUACUUGGUUGCACCAAAGAUCGACCAUGCGAUGGAUUCAAGUGCAAAAAUGGUUACUGCAUAAUGAAGGAAUGGAAAUGCGAUGGUAUCAAUGAUUGUUCUGAUAACAGCGACGAAACGGAAUGUGCCCACGAUUUGACACCCCAAGAGUGUACGGCGGAGAAGGGCUACUUUUUGUGCGGUAACAACGCCUGCGUUCGAUUGAACAAUGUUUGCGACGGUAGGCAGCAUUGUACGGACGGUACCGAUGAAGAUGUCGACGGAUGCAAAAAUGCCGAUCAACAAUGCGCCAAUGGAACUUGCAACCAAGUGUGCCAUCAGACGCCAAAGGGUGCCGUUUGCUCUUGCAAACCCGGAUAUGAACUGCUCAGGGGUAAAAUUUGCAUGGAUAUCGAUGAAUGCAGCAUUCACGGAUUCUGUGACCAAAGUUGCGAGAAUCUCGAGGGUUCCUACAACUGCAGCUGCGAAUCGGGAUAUGUAUUGCAGAACGACAAGCGAAGCUGCAAAGCGACAGGAGGAGAAGCUCUCAUGGUUUAUUCCUCGAAGACCGACAUCCGCGGACUUUAUCUCACCUCUAGGGUGAUGUUUUACGUUGCCCGAAAGCUCCAGCACGUCGUCGGCGUAUCCCUAGACACGGAUUAUAUUUACUGGUCUGAUCUUCAACUCGGUGACGAAGCGAUUGUUCGAAGCAAGGAGGACGGGUCGCAAAAAGAAGUCAUUAUAACUGCAGGUUUGGGUGCCCCGGAAGAUAUAGCGAUCGAUUGGGUGACUCGCAACCUGUACUUUACGGACGGUCAAAUGAAACACAUCGCAGUCUGUACCAACGACGGGUCCACGUGCACUGUCAUCGUUAGCGAAUACGCGGACAGACCGAGAGGAAUUGGUCUGCUACCUUCGGAAGGAUUAAUGUUUUGGAGCGACUGGGGCGCAAAAGCGCAGAUUUCGAAAGCGCAGAUGGAUGGAAGAAACGUCAUGCCAUUUAUAACGAACAAUAUUGCCUGGCCAAAUGGCUUGACAAUCGAUUAUCCGAAUCACAGAUUGUAUUGGGUUGACGCCAAAUUAAGCACCAUCGAAUCCGUAAAACUAGACGGAAGUGAUCGAAGAAUCGUCUUGCACGCGGUGGCGAAGCAUCCCUACUCGGUAGCGGUUUUCGAGAACAAAUUGUACUGGAGCGACUGGAAAACUAACAGCGUUCAAUCUUGCAAUAAGUUUACAGGAAAGGACCACACUAUUGUAGCAAAAGAGAAAAAAUCCAUCUACGGGAUACACAUUUAUCACUCAACUCUGAGGCCCGAUAUUCCAAAUCCUUGCAUUCACGGUUUCUGUUCACACGUAUGUUUGUUGGCGCCGAAUUCUACGUAUUCUUGUGGUUGCCCAGCUGACAAGGAAUUAGGUACCGAUAAACACAGCUGCAGAGUUACUGAGAAAGAGAAGAAGAUAAUGGUUGGAGCUGCACAAUUUUUCAUAGAAGUCCAUCAUCAAGUAUUGGGAAGACCGAAACUUCAGGCUGAUAUCUUACGCCAAGACAUCAAUGCCCUGACUUAUGAUCCAGAAACUGGUACAAUUCUGGCGAGCGAUAAACUGAAGAAUGUGAUAUUUCGGUACGAUACGAAGACCGGUCAAAUUUCAAAUCUCAUUACCACUAAGAUAGGCGUAGUUGGUGGUAUGGACUUUGAUUAUUUCGGAAGGAACCUCUACUGGUGUGAUAGUCUCUUCAGGAACAUCGAAGUCUACAACACUAACACUGGCGACAGGAUGGUUCUAAACUCAGAACGAUUGGAGGCCGUUCCCCUGGAUCUAGCCGUCAUUCCCGAACACGGCCUGAUGUACGUCGUUUUGAAAUCGGGCAACGACAUUCACAUCGACAAAAUGCAGAUGAACGGCCGUGGCAGCACAACGCAUGCGAUCGAAACUGGUUUAAUCGGACCGUCCGUUUCCAUUGUAUACGAUGCACACCUAGAACGAGUUUUUUGGGCUGAUCAGAGCACAGGGAUAAUAGAGAGUACUUCCUACGAAGGUACGGACAGACAUCGGUUCAGGUCAGAAUUGAUAUCUCCAGUGAGCAUUGCCGUCCUGGGUAAUGACAUAUUCUGGACUUCCUACGGAUCAAAGGGAUUGUACUGGGCAGAUAAAAUGGGCGUCAUUCAAGGACAGAAAAAAAUCAGUCUCGGUAUUCCUGUCAACUUGGAAAAAAUGUACCUGGUAGCGAUGACUGGCAAUCACGGGUCUACUCAACACCCGUGUCUUAAGGAAAACGGCGGAUGCACACACGUUUGUCUUGUUGCUUCCAACUCACAGCGGACUUGUGGCUGCCCGUCCGGAAUGAUGUUAAACCGUGAUAAUAUUACUUGUAGUAUUUCUCGCAAUCACUGUAAAGUCUACGAAAUGAAAUGCGCGUCUGAUGGAAGUUGCAUUGACAAGAUCAAAAGGUGCAACGGAGUGAGAGAUUGUCCAGGAGGUGAAGACGAAGUCGAAUGUCACAAGCCUGCAACUUGCGGUCCCGAUCAUUUUGCAUGCAACAAUGGAAACUGCAUUCACAACAGUAAACUUUGUGACUCGAAUUAUGAUUGCGCGGAUCGGUCUGAUGAGGAAUUCUGCGACGCAAAGACAUGCGGAAAAGACGAAUUCCAGUGUCAACGCGGUUUCUGCAUCUCGAAGUACUUUAUUUGCGACGGGAAAAUCGACUGCAGUGACGGAUCUGACGAAGAGAAUUGCGCAUCACACACUUGCGACCCCGAAACCAUGUUCACUUGCAAAAGUGGUGGAUGCAUUCCGAAGUUUUGGGAAUGUGAUGGAGAGGUCGACUGUGAAGACGGUUCCGACGAGUACGGUCAGUGCAAAACGGCUACUUGUAGUCCCAGUAUGUUCACCUGCCAGAAUGCUCGAUGCAUCGACACUGUGCUUGUCUGCAACCUGGUCAACGAUUGCGGUGACGGAUCCGACGAACGGAAUUGCCCCGUGGACGGAAAAACGUCGGAGGCCGCUUGCACAGCCGAAGAAUACCAAUGUCACGGAACGAAUAAGUGCAUUCCAUUCGAAGCCAGGUGCGACAAGGUGGAUGACUGCCCUAUGAAAGACGACGAACUUCUCUGCUCUGAUUGUGAAUACGACGAGUUUGCCUGCGCGAAUGGCAAGUGCAUUCCUCGUAGUUGGGUUUGCGAUCGUACAGACGACUGCGGUGAUAAGUCUGACGAGAAAUACUGCGACGUCAUUCUCGCGCCCACAACGGAACCGAUUAAUUGCGAAGAAUACAAGUGUCUGACUGGGGCGUGCAUCCCCUAUUCCAGCGUUUGCAACGGCAUCGCCGAUUGUUACGAUCAGAGCGACGAGAAUGGAAAAUGUGAAACUGCAUGCACUUCGGAUAAUCGCUGUGACGGAAUUUGCAACAAAACACCUGCUGGACCUAUAUGUAGCUGCGCUAAAGGAUACAAGCUGAAGAACGACGGCUAUUCUUGCGAAGAUAUCGACGAGUGUAAGCUCGGCACGUGCUCGCAGGUUUGCCGCAACGAAAUUGGUUCUUUUGCAUGCUCCUGCUUCUCUGGAUUCGUGCUACGUUCCGAUGGUCGGACUUGCAAAGUAACCGGAUCUCCGAUGGAACUGAUAAUAGCGACAAAAGACGACAUCAGAAGAGUUUCUCACUCCCUUAAUUCGAUCAAGGUAAUUUAUAGCGAGCCUGGAAUUGGCAUUGGUAAAAACGGUAUCGACUUGAACAUCGCCAACAGGACGGUUUAUUGGAGCACCGAAAUAACUGGAACGAUUUUUCAACUGUCCCUGGAAACGAUGGAGACAAGAAACGUGACCAACAUUGGAAAACCGCGAACCCUUUCCGUCGAUUGGACCACUGAUAACGUGUAUUUUUACGACAGCGAGAAACCCCAUGCCAUUAAGGUCUGUCAUUUGGGAGAGCAAAAAUGCGCGCAUGUUGUCUCCGUAAAUUCUGCGACUGCGGUAAACAGCAUAGUUACAGAUCCGAAACAUGGCUUCAUCUUUUGGGGCCAAACAGAUUCGUGGUCCUUCAACAAUCCAGUCAGCGAAAUAUAUCGGUCGCAGAUGACUGGCAAAGAUUCGACUUCCGUAGUUUCGAAGAAUCUGGGAAUCGUCAGUGGACUCACUGUUGACCACUCAAGGGCUCGUUUGUACUGGGCUGAUCAACACUUUCAACUGAUAGAAAGCUCAGAUCUGAAUGGAAAUGACCGACGCAUUAUGUUUUCCGCUAACGUUCACCAUCCUGUCGGCUUAAACUUAUUCGAGGAUUCGCUUUUCUGGCUGACCCCAGGCACCGGACAAAUGACGAGCUGUUCUGUGUUCGCCGGAAACGAAACUUGCAAGAGAAUUCAGAUCAGCUCAUCUCAUACCGAGGAACAAUUCACGAUGCUGCAACAAUCGCGUCAACCAUCAGUGAAGAACAAUUGCCAGGGGCACAAAUGCAGUUAUCUGUGCGUCAGGAACAAUGAAGAUAUCGGAUGUUUGUGUCAAGAUGGAAAUGUCGUGUUACCGGGCGAAAAGUGCGACGAUACUGUCAAAAUGCCCCCGCCUGAAUUCGGAUCUAACAAGUCAAAAGGCGAUGGUGGUUACAUUGCUGGAGUGAUGACAACGAUCUUUAUAUGCCUGGCUUUACUAGGAGUCUACUACUACUACCAGAGGAAGAAGUAUGAAGCCAGUAAAUGCGACUUAAGCAUACACUUUCAAAAUCCUGCUUUCGGAUGCGGGCUACCAGCCUCGAUUCCGUCAACUGCAAUGACUGUGGCGCCAGGGGAACACGAAUACGUUAACCCUGUCGUCGACAUUCGUUCUAGAUAUCUAAAUGGAGAAAUGAAUGGAAGAAAUACGUUGUCAUUGAAUAAAAAAGAAGAUUGUUCCAGCGAAAGUGAAGACGGAAAUUAUCUGCCGGAUGUACGUUUGAUACGAUAAUUUUUUAUUCGAAAAUAAUAAUACGAGAGUAUUAAUUUUUGCAGUUGAAUUGCAAGUUAUAUGUGCGUCUAUGUCGUAUAUAUUACAGUAUUUUAUUAUAUAUCUGCUGUGAUGGGCAGCGUGUUGUUUAUUAUAUUAUAUUACAUUACUUGUUAAAUAUUGUGUUCAAAUUAUA